AUCGCGGUCCUUCCCCCUCGCCCCCCAGCUGCACAGACAUGACACAGACACCCAGUCACUGCAGCUGCCGAGCGAGCCCGACGCUCUAAGCAUGCGGCGGCGGCUGGACUAGCCUGGAGCUCGAACACCAGCGCCCGCCAGCGCGCUCCCACGCUGGUCUCCGCACAGCGAUUCUCUCCCGGCCCCGCGCGGGAAGCGGGGUUCGCGCGCCGGUCCGUUCGCGGCUCCAGGCUGCCCACAGCGUCUGCAGCGGACGAGCGGCUCCAAACCUGAGCGCUCCGGGAAGCCGGCGCGUCUCCAAGGUGGCGGCAGGGGCUGCCCGCCUGGGCUCCCCGCACCCAUCGGGCUGCGUCCCGCUCGCGGCGCCCCGGCGGCCGUGACCUUCCAAGGAGCACCUAUCCGGGCCCCGCGCCCCCGGUCCCGCGCCCCAGGCCCGGGCGAGGCCCUCUUUGGCGCCCGCUUCUCGCGGAGCCGCGGGCGGGCGGCGCAGGCCCGGGGGGUGGGGGGGGGAGGGUCACCGCAAGCAGCUACGGUCGGUCCCAGUGCUCGCUCGCCACGCUGGUCUCUCGGUCCGGCUGAGCUGCCUCCAGCCUCCUGCCUCCUGCCUCGCCGCUUCUCCGUGGCUGGGGGCGCCGGUGUACUCGCCUGGCCGGGCCGGUUGCGGGCAGGCCCUGCCCUGAAGGGGUUAAGCGGUCAGGGGCGCGGAAGGUGAAGCCGGCAGAGCUGCGGCUCCGCGUUUCUUCCUGGCGCUGGUUUCCCGGAUCCAACCCAGGGCGGCCCCCAGGCCCUUGCCCAUGCGAGGCGCACAGGGCUUGGAAGAGUCCUUCUGGCGUAGAGCAGCUCUCGGCAGCCGCCUCAGAGGAGGAGAAAGAAGGGAGAGUGCUCAGUCCCGGCAAGGCGGACCUUUCCUGUUGGUAUUUGGAGCCCAAGGCUGUCCCGAAGUCUGUGCUUGGCACCGUCGGUCGGUCGGGUUAGAACAGCUCCAGCUGGGAUCUCCACCAGGACCCACUGCACUUAGUAGGCGUCAGUGGCACCACGCGGUUCAGCUCUUUCGGAGUGUACCUCUGCCUGGAUGUAGUCAAGGCCAAGAAAGUAUUAUGAGGGAUGCUGAGGAAUUCUUGCUCUGCACAGAGACACCACAUUGGAAUUAGAGAUUGGCACUUCUGAGAGGAUGCUGGGAAUCUGCAGAGGGAGAAGGAAAUUCCUGGCUGCCUCUUUGACUCUACUCUGUAUACCAGCCAUCACCUGGAUUUACUUGUUUGCUGGGAGCUUUGAAGGAAACAAAAGGGCUCCAUGCCUCACAGAGUGGAGUCCCAGCAUCAUUUCGGGUCUAGUGGCUCCAUUGAACCCAUGCUCUCAAGCAAAUCUGCCUCAACUAGUGAAUGAACUACAAAUUAGAGAUGGGAAACCUGUGUCUCUGUCUCCCCUGGAGUCCCAAGCCCACAGUCCCCGGUACACAGCCUCCAGCCAACGGGAGCGGGAGAGCCUGGAAGUGCGUGUUCGAGAAGUUGAGGAAGAAAACCGUGCUCUGCGCAGGCAGCUCAGCCUGGCCCAGGGUCAGAGCCCUGCUCACCACCGUGGGAACCACUCCAAGACCUACUCCAUGGAGGAGGGGACAGGGGACAGUGAGAAUCUACGAGCUGGCAUUGUGGCAGGUAACAGCUCUGAGUGUGGGCAGCAGCCAGCUGUGGAAAAGUGUGAGACCAUCCAUGUGGCCAUCGUCUGUGCCGGAUACAAUGCCAGCAGGGACGUUGUCACCCUGGUGAAAUCUGUCCUCUUUCAUAGGCGGAACCCUCUGCACUUCCACCUCAUUGCUGAUUCUAUUGCUGAGCAGAUCCUGGCUACACUCUUCCAGACCUGGAUGGUACCUGCAGUGCGAGUAGACUUCUAUAAUGCUGAUGAGCUCAAGUCUGAAGUGUCCUGGAUUCCCAACAAACAUUACUCUGGGAUUUAUGGCCUGAUGAAGCUGGUUCUGACCAAAACUCUACCUGCCAACCUGGAGAGAGUCAUUGUCCUAGACACCGACAUCACCUUUGCAACAGACAUUGCAGAGCUGUGGGCCGUGUUCCAUAAGUUCAAAGGGCAACAGGUCCUGGGCUUGGUAGAGAACCAGAGUGACUGGUAUCUUGGAAAUCUCUGGAAAAACCACCGUCCAUGGCCAGCUCUUGGAAGGGGCUAUAACACAGGAGUCAUACUACUGCUUCUAGACAAGCUUCGGAAGAUGAAAUGGGAGCAGAUGUGGAGACUGACAGCAGAGAGGGAACUCAUGGGCAUGUUGUCUACAUCUUUGGCUGACCAGGAUAUUUUCAAUGCUGUUAUCAAACAAAACCCCUUUCUGGUGUAUCAGCUUCCCUGCUUCUGGAAUGUGCAGCUGUCAGACCACACCCGCUCUGAGCAGUGCUACAGAGAUGUGUCUGAUUUAAAGGUCAUCCACUGGAACUCCCCCAAGAAGCUCCGUGUGAAGAACAAACAUGUGGAAUUCUUCCGCAACCUCUACCUGACCUUCUUGGAGUAUGAUGGCAACCUCCUGCGGCGGGAGCUGUUUGGCUGUCCCAGUGAGACUGAUGUCAACAAUGAAAAUCUUCAGAAGCAGCUGUCUGAGCUGGAUGAGGAUGACUUGUGCUAUGAGUUCCGGCGAGAGCGCUUCACUGUCCACAGAACCCACCUGUACUUCCUGCACUACGAGUUUGAGCCUUCUGCUGACAACACAGACGUUACCCUUGUUGCUCAGCUCUCCAUGGACAGACUACAGAUGCUGGAGGCCAUCUGUAAACACUGGGAGGGACCCAUCAGUCUGGCCCUCUACCUGUCGGAUGCAGAAGCCCAGCAGUUCCUCCGCUAUGCCCAGGGAUCCGAGGUGCUCAUGAGCCGGCAGAAUGUGGGCUACCACAUCGUGUACAAGGAGGGUCAGUUCUAUCCUGUCAAUCUUCUGCGCAACGUGGCUAUGAAGCACAUCAGCACACCCUACAUGUUCUUAUCUGACAUUGACUUCCUGCCUAUGUAUGGGCUCUAUGAGUACCUCAGGAAAUCUGUCAUCCAGCUUGACCUUGCCAAUACCAAGAAAGCAAUGAUUGUCCCAGCAUUUGAAACACUGCGCUACAGACUCUCUUUCCCCAAGUCAAAAGCAGAGCUGCUGUCAAUGUUGGACAUGGGGACCCUAUUCACAUUCAGGUAUCACGUAUGGACUAAAGGCCAUGCACCCACAAACUUUGCCAAGUGGCGGACUGCCACCACACCUUACCAGGUUGAGUGGGAGGCUGAUUUUGAGCCAUAUGUUGUUGUGAGACGAGACUGCCCUGAGUAUGAUCGGAGAUUUGUGGGCUUUGGCUGGAACAAAGUGGCUCACAUCAUGGAAUUGGAUGCACAGGAGUAUGAGUUCACCGUGUUGCCCAAUGCCUACAUGAUCCACAUGCCCCAUGCCCCUAGUUUCGACAUCACUAAGUUCCGUUCCAACAAGCAAUACCGCAUCUGUCUCAAAACCCUGAAGGAAGAGUUUCAACAAGACAUGUCCCGACGAUAUGGCUUUGCUGCCUUGAAAUAUCUCACAGCUGAGAACAAUAGCUAGCACUAUGAAGGCCACCACCAGGGAGAGACAUGCCACAAGGGAAGAACCACUUCCUGCUGGGGCCCAGCCUUUGAAGACAAAAUCCAACACUGCUUUUCUUUGGUUUGUUUCCCUUUGUCUCUUUGGCCCCACAAAGCUGCUCUCUUCUGAAGUCUUGGACAGAGACCCAGCCCACCAUGGGUGCUUCCAGGAUGGUACAUAGAAGAGUGGAAGCAAAUGAAGAGUUUAACAACUUAUCACAAAGCCACAGACCAAGUCAGGGCUUCUGGAUGUUCCCAGUGCUUUUUAACAAUGAUGGGUCAAACCUUAGCUGUUGAGAAAGUAAGAGCAAUAAAGCUUCCUACGAUGGAAAUGUAUCCUGCCACCUAGCUGGGUCCCCAUAUGGAUAGCAACCCAAGGACCCAAACAAACAUCUGGAGACUCUCAUAUGGACAUUAUACAUGAGGGACCUGAAGGAGGGAUGAAUUGGUUGUUUAUUCUCAAAGUCACUCUUGUUUUGUUUUGAGUUGUUUGAACUUGGGGGAUUUUGUUCAUUUUGAUCUAGAAAUCUAAGUUUUUUUAAAAAUCUAAUCCUUAAAGCUCUGAAAGAAAAAUCAACUCCCUCAAUCAACACCCCUCAACAGCAGUGGCCCUGCAAAGUCAAGCAUCCGUGGAGAAUGUUCCUGAGUGAACAGCUUCCUUCAUGAUGAACACUGAGACCACCUGAUUCCAAGUUUCCACUCUCUAGAUCCAGUACUAUGACAGGGACUACAGAAAUAUGAGUCCAAACACUAUAUGCAACUCACAUUUUCUAUGGACCAUCACCAAGCCACAAGGAAAGGGCUUCAUCGAACUACUUCAGCACUCACAGAAAGUAUGAUUCCCUUCUUGGGCCUUUAGAAGAACUUGAACAGUUCACAGAAGUCCAAUUUGAACACUUGUAUGACUACGUUGAAGCCACUGGAAGAAAUGGGUCAGGUAUCUCUGUGUUCUUCCCUGCCUCACUGUUGAAAGUGAGGGAGCUGAUGAACUUAGUCUCCCCUCAGGACCUGUCCAAGUGUUGGCACGAACCUCUCCAUUGUGCAUAUGGAAGAAACACUGGACCCAUUUUCUUUACUCUUCACUAUUAAUGUUGUGUUUACAUUGAUGAGAACAAGAGUUCAUGGCAUACCCUGUACUGGGCUGUUUGUAUUGAGUUGACAUGUGACCAGCGAAAGCUGCAUUCAAUAAAUGAAGUACAGACUGUU